GUGUGUGUGUGUGUGUGUGUGUGUGUGUGUGUGUGUGUGUGUGUGUGUGUGUGUGUGUGUGUGAGCUCUGAUUGGUCUGAUUACCAGACUUAAAGUAAACCCUGCUGUCUGUAGCAGGGUUCUGUAGUGGAAGUGGGAGGAGCCAGAGAGGUUUAUCUCUGAUCACACUUGUCCUAAUCCGCUCUUAGUGGACAGAAGCUUAGUCGUUGUCAGGUAGGCCGAGCAAACUUCUCUUUAGAGGAAACCAGCUGAAGCAUCGUGAUGAUGAUUUUGGUCAUCACAUAAAUUAUCAGCAGCUCUUCCUUUGGCUCUGCCUUCCUGUUAAUGUCUCCUGUGAUAUCUAAAAGACUCUCUUCUACAGGGGGUGGGGGGGAGUAUUUGCAGAUAUUCAUUUGGGGGGUUUUGUCAACGUUUUUCUGUUUUAUAUUUUGAUUUUAGUUAAACUUGUCAAAAUGAAGGACCGUCUGGCCCAGUUGAAGGAGAAGAGUGACCAGACUGCUGAUGACGUUGAGGUUCCAGUGGAAAACGAGGCUUUCAUGGACGACUUCUUUGCCCAGAUUGAAGAUAUACGCACCAGCAUUGAGAAGAUUGAUGAGAGCAUUACAGAAAUCAAAAAACUCUACUCCACCAUCCUGUCAGCCCCCACAUCUGACCAGAAAACCCAGGAUGAUGUCGAAGCCCUUACCAAUGACAUUAAAAAGUCAGCCAACAAUGCAAGAAACAAGCUGAAGAGUAUUGAGAGACAGCUUGAGUCAAACAAAGAUGAAAGAGCCUCGGCUGAUCUCAGGAUACGCAAGUCACAGCAUGCAGUUCUGGCUAAAAAGUUUGUUGAAGUUAUGACAAAAUACAACGAGGCUCAAGUUGACUUCCGAGAUAAAAGCAAAGGAAGAAUUGCCCGACAGCUUGAAAUCACGGGAAAAACAACCACUGACGAGGAACUGGAGGAGAUGUUGGAGGGGGGGAACUCUGCUGUUUUCACUGCUGGGAUCACAGAGUCAAAAAUCAAUCAGCAGGCCCUGAAUGAAAUCGAGGCUCGUCACAAAGACAUAAUGAGACUGGAAAGCAGCAUAAAAGAGCUCCAUGACAUGUUCGUUGACAUUGCCAUGCUGGUGGAGAACCAGGGAGGCAUGAUAGACAGAAUUGAGAGCAACAUGGACCAGUCUGUAGGUUUUGUUGAGAGGGCAGUGGCUGACACCAAGAAGGCUGCCAAAUUCCAGCAGGAGGCACGCAGGAAACAAAUGAUGAUCUUCUGCUGCUGUGUGAUCCUGGCCAUCGUCCUGGGUUCCUUCGUCUACAGCUUCAUCAAGUAGAGGGCAUGAACAAGACCCUCAGCCCUCUGACAAAUAACAGAUGUGAAUUUACUUCAAUAUUAGUUCAGUUUCCAAAGGAGGAAACCUCGUCUCAGUUGUUUCUGUUGUCUUUGUAAAGCCUUCAAUAACUUUGUUACCAAGCAAUUUUUUUCAGAUUUAGAUUUUGUUCAUUGUUUAGAUUAUUAGUUUUGUUUCAGUAGAACUCUGAUGAGUUUCCACCACUUCCCUAUUGAGCUGUCAGAGAAGAAAUGGGAAGUAACUGAGAUGCAUUUGUAUUUACAUUUCAAUGAUGGUGUGGUUCACAGAAAACCCUGUUUUAAUGAUCAUGUCUGAUCACUCUGCACAUGAAAAUAGUCUCCUACACCUAUCUCCUUCAUCAACUUCUGAUAGAAAAUAGUCUCCUACACCUAUCUCCUUCAUCAACUUCUGAUAGAAAAUAGUCUCCUACACCUAUCUCCUUCAUCAGCUUCUGAUAGAAAAUAGUCUCCUACACCUAUCUCCUUCAUCAGCUUCUGAUAGAAAAUAGUCUCCUACACCUAUCUCCUUCAUCAGCUUCUGAUAGAAAAUAGUCUCCUACACCUAUCUCCUUCAUCAACUUCUGAUAGAAAAUAGUCUCCUACACCUAUCUCCUUCAUCAACUUCUGAUAGAAAAUAGUCUCCUACACCUAUCUCCUUCAUCAACUUCUGAUAGAAAAUAGUCUCCUACACCUAUCUCCUUCAUCAACUUCUGAUAGAAAAUAGUCUCCUACACCUAUCUCCUUCAUCAACUUCUGAUAGAAAAUAGUCUCCUACACCUAUCUCCUUCAUCAACUUCUGAUAGAAAAUAGUCUCCUACACCUAUCUCCUUCAUCAACUUCUGAUAGAAAAUAGUCUCCUACACCUAUCUCCUUCAUCAACUUCUGAUAGAAAAUAGUCUCCUACACCUAUCUCCUUCGUCAACUUCUGAUAGAAAAUAGUCUCCUACACCUAUCUCCUUCAUCAGCUUCUGAUAGAAAACAGUCUCCUACACCUAUCUCCUUCAUCAGCUUCUGAUAGAAAACAGUCUCCUACACCUAUCUCCUUCAUCAGCUUCCGAUAGAAAAUAGUCUCCUACACCUAUCUCCUUCAUCAGCUUCCGAUAGAAAAAAGUCUCCUACACCUAUCUCCUUCAUCAGCUUCCGAUAGAAAAUAGUCUCCUACACCUAUCUCCUUCAUCAGCUUCCGAUGGAAAAUAGUCUCCUACACCUAUCUCCUUCAUCAGCUUCCGAUGGAAAAUAGUCUCCUACACCUAUCUCCUUCAUCAGCUUCCGAUGGAAAAUAGUCUCCUACACCUAUCUCCUUCAUCAGCUUCCGAUGGAAAAUAGUCUCCUACACCUAUCUCCUUCAUCAGCUUCCGAUGGAAAAUAGUCUCCUACACCUAUCUCCUUCAUCAGCUUCUGAUGGAAAAUAGUCUCCUACACCCAUCUCCUUCAUCAGCUUCUGAUGGAAAAUAGUCUCCUACACCUAUCUCCUUCAUCAACUUCUGAUAGAAAAUAGUCUCCUACACCUAUCUCCUUCAUCAACUUCUGAUAGAAAAUAGUCUCCUACACCUAUCUCCUUCAUCAGCUUCUGAUGGAAAAUAGUCUCCUACACCUAUCUCCUUCAUCAGCUUCUGAUGGAAAAUAGUCUCCUACACCUAUCUCCUUCAUCAGCUUCUGAUGGAAAAUAGUCUCCUACACCUAUCUCCUUCAUCAGCUUCUGAUAGAAAAUAAUCUCCUACACCUAUCUCCUUCAUCAGCUUCUGAUGGAAAAUAGUCUCCUACACCUAUCUCCUUCAUCAGCUUCUGAUGGAAAAUAGUCUCCUACACCUAUCUCCUUCAUCAGCUUCUGAUGGAAAAUAGUCUCCUACACCCAUCUCCUUCAUCAGCUUCUGAUGGAAAAUAGUCUCCUACACCCAUCUCCUUCAUCAGCUUCUGAUGGAAAAUAGUCUCCUACACCCAUCUCCUUCAUCAGCUUCUGAUAGAAAAUAGUCUCCUACACCCAUCUCCUUCAUCAGCUUCUGAUAGAAAAUAGUCUCCUACACCUAUCUCCUUCAUCAGCUUCUGAUGGAAAAUAGUCUCCUACACCUAUCUCCUUCAUCAGCUUCUGAUAGAAAAUAGACUCCUACACCUAUCUCCUUCAUCAGCUUCUGAUAGAAAAUAAUCUCCUACACCUAUCUCCUUCAUCAGCUUCUGAUGGAAAAUAGUCUCCUACACCUAUCUCCUUCAUCAGCUUCUGAUAGAAAAUAGUCUCCUACACCUAUCUCCUUCAUCAGCUUCUGAUAGAAAAUAAUCUCCUACACCUAUCUCCUUCAUCAGCUUCUGAUGGAAAAUAGUCUCCUACACCUAUCUCCUUCAUUAGCUUCUGAUAGAAAAUAGUCUCCUACACCUAUCUCUUGCAGUAGCUUCUGAUAGAAAACAGACGGUGAAACUCUAGGAUUAGAAAAUCGUGACAGAUCUAUGUCACACUGUCACUAACAUUCAUGGACUCACCCCUCUGGACUCACGACGGGGGAGGCUGUUGUUGGUUUAGCGUCCAGCGUCCAUGCCUAAGCUAGUAGAAGCUAACUGAUAGCAUUAGCAAAUCCACCAACGGCAGAACUCCUCGGGCUUAUGUUAUUGAUGGAGGUAAAACAUCAAGGUUGCAGAGUAAACAGUCAGUGAUAAAGUUGUGUUGCUGUUAGCCAAUCAAAGGAGAGAUGUCCACAUGUCAGGAAAUAGGACAAAAUCCUAAGGGCUGCCAACUCUCCAACGUUGAGCGCGAGACACGCUCAUUAGACACCUCCCAUAUCUCACUGUGGUAUCAGGUGUGUAAUGAUGUGGAGCCACACUGUGCCAACACUUAUUAACUAUUAGUAUUAAUAUCAUGCACAAGCUGUCAUGCAAUGGUUGUGGAUUCAUUUUCCAGUUAGUUCUCAACUUAUUUUAGUGUUUCUUUUUUGUUAGGAUUGUAGUUUUAAACCUUUUUAGCUUUUUUAAUCUAAAAUGGAUAAAAUAAUUACAGAGGAAACUGGAAAAACCAGAAUCUGGUGCAAAAGUUAUUUUAUGUCACUAAUCUAACCCAAAAGGUGAAACUAACCCAUGAGACAGACUCAUUCCAUGCAAAUCCAGAUGUUUCAGUCUUUAUCUGGUAUAAAUGUAUAAAUGUGAUGAAUAUGGCAUACAGCUGAUAAAAAAGCCCACAUCCAAAAUCUCAGACAAUCAGAAUAUUGUUAAAAAGUUUAAUUUUCACACUCUAAUCAGCUGUUGUGUGAAACCUCCAAGUUACCGUAGCGAAUGCGGAGCAGCUGGCACAAAACCGCCAGCACUGGAAACAACUGGUUCAUCUGGUAGGCUCACGCUCUGGACUGGACGACAGCCGACCCUUCGCAGGAGCCUUGAUGAUGAUGAUGAUGAUGAUGAUGAUGAUGAUGAUGAAACACCUGCAGAGGGUUCCUGAGCCUUUAGAUGGUCCCUCAGUCUCAGCUGGAUUACUUCUGCACCAGAUUCUAAUUUUUACUGUUUUAACUGUAUUGCUUCUAAAAUGUGUACUAGCUCUAUAGAUUCAUAUGGAAUGUGACAAAAAUGAAAAUAAAACAUUCUUUUUAUUCUG